CCCCAUCCUCGAAGGCACCACCAAAUCAGCAAGCCCCGGCAAUUCCGUCAAGGUAAGCAAGAACCCAUGCCAUUUCUCUUCACCAAACACCAGGAAUGCAUCCGUUCUGUUCGUGCACGAAGUUGGGGCGAAUUCCAGCCAAAGAUAGGCUGUAGGAGUGGUGGAUGAAUCAGACUGUUAACGGAUGACGUUUCUGGCUUGUCGCAUAUUCACAUGAGCUUUGGAAAGGAUGCAGACUGACUUACUCCCGUCAUGCGCGCUGGUUCUAUAGAUGAAGGUCGAAAUCGACGCAUUCUCCGGUUUCCGUGUGUACCCCUCCAAGGGCAAACUCUUUGUCCGUGGAGACUCCAAAGUUUUCCGAUUCGCUAGUUCCAAGAACGCUUCCCUGUUCCUCCAGCGCAAGAACCCACGUAAGAUCGCAUGGACACAGGUCUACCGCCGCAUGCACAAGAAGGGUAUCACUGAGGAAGUCGCUAAGAAGCGUUCCCGCCGGACUGUGAAGCACCAACGUGGUAUCGUUGGUGCUGACCUUGCUACUAUCGCUGCCAGGCGCAACCAGACCGCUGCUGUCCGCAACCAGCAGAGAAUUUCGGCCAUUGCAAAGGCAAAGACUGAGAAGAAAGAGAAGGAGUCGAAAAAGGCCAAGCCUGCACGUGCGCCUGUUGCGAGUGGACCCAGGGUAUCAAAGCAGCAAAUGAAGGGUGGCAAGGGUGGCCGAUGAGCAGUUCUUUUGUUGUUGGCACACGCCUAUGUAUUGCACAUCCUUUUCGUCAUGACUUCUCGCGCGCAAAAUCUAUGCUACAUGCUUCCACAUGGUAUAUCCGCUUCUGCUAAUUCUGAGGAUGUGACGUAGAUCUCAUGCAUUUCGAUGCUCAAUUAGCUCUCGAGGUAGAGCUGUUAAUCAAAUAUGAAUAUGUUGGCAAUAAAACCAAUGAUACAGGUAUGUGCAAGGUAUCC